ACUGAGCGUCGAUGAAAACGCUUAUCUUUUUAUAGCUCAAAAAAGUUCUAAAUUCAAACAGUUUUUUUUAAAUCACCAGUGCGUAUUAUAACAUUCUUGUAUAUCGGAUUUGAAAGUGGAAUUAUUUAAUCAGAGUAACAUUUCGCGCUCAUUCGGAUUUUAAAUCAACAGAUUAAUAAACGUGUGUAAACAAUUAAACUUCGUCUUUAUAAUCGUAUUUUUUUCGUCUAUUGUGCUGUGGCCAGUGAGAUCGAAAUAGAAUCAAGUGCAUCGCUUACAUAAUUAGUGUUUGUAAAUAGUGCGCAAGUAAAUUGAAACACCGGAGAUUCGAAAAUAUACCACCGGAGCCAUGACUCUUCUGUUUUUGAGUUUUCAUUUAAAUUUUCAACAAUAAAUUAUUUUUCUUUAGAUUUUUUUUCUGAUAAUGGCAAGUCUGUGUUUACGGUCUGUGUGUGGGUAGCUUAUUCGCUUUAAGAAGAUAUAGGAAAAAAAGGUAUUAUACUAAGGGCCACAAUGGCGUUGCCGAUGUUGCGACAGUGCUGCGGCUGCGUUUCAUUAGAAAAAGGAUGUUUCUUACUCGGGAUUUUAUCCACAUUAUCCUGCAUAGCAGCUAUUAUAGCUGGUUCUUGGAGUCUCCCACGACACAGGGAGAGGGAGCAGGAAGACAAUCUAAUAUCGAUGACGUUGGUCAUGUUUUCGACUCUGUCAGCUAUCAGUAACGUCGUGGUGUUAGUGGGUGUGGGAAUGAGACGACCAGGCUGCCUGCAGCUCUCAUUGCUGUUCAACUCCGUCUUCAUUCUAUGCAUCUUCCUCGUGGCGGUGGUCACUUGCCUGUUCAGUCCCGAACUCGCACCAUUUUUGGUUGAGCCCGGGAACAUCGCUUUAAUCGUGAUCAUGAUCAUUGCUGGUGCUGCGUACUCUGUAUACUAUCUCACGGUCGUGAACAGCGUGUACAGGAAGAUGAAAAUGAGUUACAGCGAAACAGCGCUGCCGAUGUAAAGAUUUGCGCUGGAAGCGCUUGAAGACUGCAAGUAUCGUGAUUUGUGAUUGAAUACGCUUUCUCUUUAAUUUUACGCGUCGAUUUUUAUAGUCACUUUGUAUAUUUUUACAUGUAUGAAUAAAGAAAUUUAGUUGUUUUA